AUGAAGCUGCGCCCGAUGUCUCUAAAUCGAGGUAAGGUAUGUACGAGGGCGGCCUCCCUUCAUCUCCGUUUACUCCUAUUCACUCUAUCGCUCUUCCACGUCUCUCAUCCUUCCUAUUCAACAGUCUACAUACAACACCUUUCCCCAUGUCUCGGCUCUCGAGGCGUCACAGCAGACACACACACACAUGCGUGUCCAAGGAUCCCCAAGUCCCAAAAACGACGCUACGCCCAAAGCUUGGCACGGGUGACAUUUCGGGUGGCCCACACCAGCUCUGAGCCAGCAAGGAACACUCACCAGCGGUCCAGUGGUCCAGCGGACCUCGCGCGCCCCACGUUUCGCCCAAUCGUCAGCCGUGCCGUUCUUCCCGCCACAGCGGGCGGUCCCUCCCUGGUCUCCAUCCAGAAGUCCAGAGCCCAAACGAACCUGAACCUUGAAGCACAUCCAUCCAUUGCCCGCUACAAUUCUCUCACUCUCCACUGGCAUCCGCUUCAUCGACGAGAUCCCGUCGAUGGUCUUUCAGCUCACUCAUGCGUUGUUUGUUUCACGGCAGUGAUUGGAGAUGUUGAAAACCGGGGGAUUGGUGGGCACUGGGUAAAUCGGCUCGGAUAUCAAUGCCUAGCACCGUAA